AGAAGAUGAAAAAAGAUAAUGACGAUGUAAAAACCACCAUGCCAAAGAUGUGAAGGAAAAGCUGUCAACCCAAAGGCUAGUAGUGGCGCUGUUUCCGUACGAAACUAACCUGUGUGAACACCAACACUCAAGAAAUUGAGUUUUCACGUGAUUUUCACCUGGUUCAGCUCAUCUUCACCGUUCACCCCAAAUUCAUCAUUCAAUUCACGAAAGUUCUGGACAAUUCCAGAUAACCAGAACAUGUCUUAUUUUAUCUCCGCUGAAGAUAAACCAUCAGAACAAGACCACCAUGAUGAACAUUCCUUUGUUUCCCUCAGUGACAGUGAUGUGUCUGAUAUACCCUCUUCCAAAUCAUCAAGACCCCUCUCAUUAGUUAACCCUACCAGCAUCCAGCAUCUUCUAUCAGACUACCAAAAAUUAGCAAAUUCACUGACAAUGUCAUCGUCGGGUUCAAGCAACUUUGAGAUAAGUGACUAUGAGGGAGGUUGCUCUUCAGAUUCUGAAGCAAGGACACCUUCACCUGAUCGUAAUGAUGACGUCACCGAUCAUGACGUCACUGAUCACGUCACUUCACGUAAACGUCGUUGUUCUCACUUACAAACAUUAGGUGAGAGAAGUGGCGAGGAGACUGAUGAUGAUGAUAGGUCAACUACAUCAUCUUGUGGCGAAGAGAGACACGAGAUCGCUUUAAACCCUCUCAACGGGUCACGCUCAUCAACCUACUUAGGUCGCCAGUUUUAUCAUCCUGAUCCUUCCUGUUUUACAUAUAAUCAGGGGAACAGAGGUCAGAUAUGCCACUAUGCACCAGUUGCGUCCAGAAAUUCACAAGAUUUAGAAGAGCCCCUUGCUCCACUGUCACCGAGUGAAAGAGUCCCACACCACUCGGCGCCUUGUCGUGAAUCAGUCGAGACACUGAUUCCUUCCAGCUCGUCAACAAACUCAGUAUACAGAAGCACAGCUCAACUAGAAAGGACAUCCCGAAUGAGCUAUGUAUCACGUGCUCUGGCUCUUGCUCGACCGACCUCUCCUCCCCCUGCUUACAGAUCUGAUAGCCAGCCUACCGUUCUUACUCUUCGCUCUUACUUCAACUUCGCUCAGGUUAACUCAAGACCUCGCUCAGCGCCUCACUCAAGAUACAGACAGAACUAUGAACCCGGGGGUAUGGUCAACGAGCCAUACACUUUACAACCCACUCAUAUCAUCGGUCAUAGAUCGGAACCACAACAUCUUGGACCAUCCACAUCAAACCUAGUAAUGACACAGCCUCUACGCUUCUCGAACACGACCAUCUUGUCUGAACCAGCUCCAGCUCCUCUUCACCACAAUUACACUGGCAGUCAGAACAACAGUCAGAAUAACAGUCACAAUGGUAGUCACAGUGGGGUGUUGCUUGGUAACAAUAGCAGUUCCGCUGAGGCAUUUUCUCCGUUCACCCGCCGUCGAAAUGAAGACCCAUACUUUGGAUUACACUUGCUUGAAAAUAACCCUGAGAGUUUCUGCUAUCGCAGCAACCCAGAGGGUCUAAGUCACCGGAGUAACACCGGUCUGGGUGACCCUCAUCACCUUAGCAACCCUGGUUUGGGUGACCCUCAUCACCUUAGUAACCCUGGUAGUUUACCCACACACAGCACAACACCUCCGUGUAGCUAUCAUAACAGGAGGGGACCUCCAUCACUGUGGAGUCACGGUUAUAUCUGUCAUGGUUUUGGGGAUAGUUUACAUUCUACCCCUCUUCCUCGACUUGUUGUAGAUACGCAAGUAGUAAACCCUGAGGACGCGUUACCACCCCCCUACACCGAGGGAGACUUCACUUCUCUGAUCCAGGCACCGCGUUACAGCGAGGUUGUUAACACUCGUUAUCUGACAAGAGACAGCUUCUUUCACAGAAACAACGCCUUUGCUUGCAUGGGCAGCGUCAGAACACUCGCCAUAGGGAUCACACUGUGCUGCUGUGGAGUAGUGUUCCUGAUGGUAACAUACGUAUUUGGAGCUGUAUCAAAUCCUUAUCUUGGGUAUCUUGGUGUCCUUCAGGUGAUAGUGGGUUUAACGAUGAUACUGCUGGUAGCGAUCUACAAUUCCGGGAGGUUUGACUUCAUGACCCUGAUCAAGACUCACAGGUUCUGUCCAUGCUCGUGGAGGAGAGAUGAAAGAGAAAGUGAAAGUGAAAGAGAAAGAGUCAGUAUGAGACAGUGUCAGUCAAGUACUGAACAGUGGGACCAGGGUACUGAUAAUAGUCAGUCUCAGAAUCAGAGUUAGCAGAUAUAUAACAAUUAUAUAUUUCACAGUGAGCAGCUGCAGAGACUGAAAUAUAGACUUCUUCCUACCUGAUUCGGCUAAUUCUGUCUACCUGAAGUUUGUGAAGACAUCUUUUUCCCAUGAUCGUAUCUGCAAAUUCAUUCAAAUAUUUAGUGCUCACUGAAAAUCACUAGCCAGUCAGCAGAAAGCCAGUCGAAAGCCAACUAAAAGCCAGCCAGAACCUCCACUUAACAAGACAUCUGUAUUUCUGUAGAACCCUUAAUUUGAAACUAGACGAAAGCUCAGUCCUUCCCAGCAUUGUCCAGUGUAACUCAAGGAAUCUGCUACGUUACAACUUCUACCAAUGACAAAUGAAAUGAGGAAGGAAUUUGUUACUGUACGACUUCUGUUCACGCCAAAUGAAAUGUUACCCCCUCUGUCUAUAACGUUGACUUAUGUUUUAACCUUUGGCUGGAACUCUAAUACGCUCAAUUAACUUACAUUUCCUUCGUCUGUGUGUAUGACGUGGAUCUGGAUAAAAACUGUAACUGAACGUUAUCAUUCCUCUCAUAGUUUUAUGUAUAUUUGUCUUUUAAAUUUGUGCUCUAAUUUUUGAUCUUCGUCAUGAGUCUAAAUAUUUUCGAGUGUUUCGAGAGUCGUAUAUUGUACAUCAGAUUGUUAUAUCUGAUGAGUUGAGUUUUUGUUUUGUUGCGUUCAUUUUUUCGAUUUUUAAGAUGUUUCUAUUGUGUUUAAUAUUUGAAUUUUAUUUUUAAAUAAUUAUCGAUUAUUGCAACAUUAUACGGAUGAUUUGUUUGAAUUUAGAAAUUAAUUUACUUG